UAGGGUAUAUUUAUAUACCUAGCAAUUACCAGCUCAUACCUCUCAUCAUUCAUAUCUACCAAUCCCUAAACCCUUUAAUUGUCUACCAGUACCUAGAUCUUCUCCAACAUGCCUACGCCUCUCCGCCCCGGAGCUUACGCUCCAACCAUGACCUUCUUCACCGAGUCCGAAGAGCUGGACAUCCCGACCAUCCGCAAACACGCCGUGCGCCUGGCCAAAGCCGGGCUUGUCGGCCUGGUGACCAUGGGCUCCAACGGCGAGGCGGUGCACCUGACGCGCGCCGAGCGCCAGACGGUCACGCGCGAAACACGUGCCGCCCUCGACGAGGCCGGCUUCACGGCCGUCCCCGUGAUCGUCGGGUCUUCGGAGCAGAGCAUCCGAGGCACCAUCGAGUUGUGCCGUGAGUCCGCCGCGGCAGGAGGCGAAUACGCCCUGGUCGUGCCCCCCAGCUACUACCGCUACGCCACGGGCAACGACGAGACCCUGUACGAGUAUUUCACCGCCGUCGCCGACGGCUCGCCCAUCCCGCUGAUCCUGUACAACUACCCGGGCGCCGUGGCGGGCAUCGACAUGGACUCCGACCUGAUCAUUCGCAUCUCGCAGCACCCGAACAUUGUCGGUACAAAGUUCACCUGUGCGAACACCGGGAAACUCACCCGUGUCGCUCGUGCUUUGAACGCCGUCACCCCCGUCUCGCCGUUAGCCCCUACCUCUUCUUCCGAUACUAGUACCUCUGGAUACGUCGCUUUUGGAGGAAUCGCGGAUUUCACCCUCCAGACUCUUGUUUCGGGCGGUUCCGCCAUUCUCGCCGGCGGAGCAAACGUCCUCCCCCGGCUGUGUGUGCAGAUCUUCACCCUCUGGAGCGAGGGCAAGAUCGCCGAAGCCAUUGAGGCUCAGAAACUCCUCAGCCAGGCGGACUGGGUGCUUACCAAGGCGGCCAUCCCGGGCACCAAGAGUGCGAUCCACAGUUAUUACGGGUACGGUGGCUUUCCGAGACGGCCGUUGGGAAGAUUGACCGAGGAGCAGGUCAAGGCUGUGGCGAGUGGGAUCGAGAAGGCAAUGGAGGUGGAGAGGUCGUUGCCGGAUGCUUUUUAAUACCUACUAUAACUAUUAGUAUAUACGAUGUUCAUAUCGCUCUCUUCUACGU